CUCGCACUAAACACACGCAAUAAUCCUUCGCUGGCUGGCUGGCUGGAGUGUACACACUCGUUCCCUUUCGAGAAAGGUUUUCUGCGGAAAUUAAAGUGAUCGUCCGCGGACUGGUGAACAAAAAGCACAAAUCGAGAUUCUUGCUAGAGAAAUGCUUCUAUAUGCUGCUUCAGUGUGCGCGAAGAGUAUCCGUUUCGUGUGUUCCUUCUGAGCAGAUUUUCUUAGUGAUUUGAAUUUCUGGUGUAAAAUGAGGUAGAAAGUAGGAAAAUCAGAGAAAGAAAUAGUGCUAGUGAACACAAAAGUGGUCUUCGAUACGUUCGUCAGUUACUGUGCUCUGGAUUCUACCAGAUAUUGCGUUGGGGCGCUGAAGGAAGCAAUUAACUGAAUCAUUACGCCCGUUCAUUACACCGCAGCCAGCCAACCUCCCGGUAGUCCACAGGACGUGUGCAUCGUCUUCCUCGGGGAUCGUUCAUGCUCGCGAGUGUGCCUCGUUCGGCCUGAUGCACUUUGCUGGUGCAGCUGCUCCCUUUUCUAAAUAGAGAAAGUGCAUCAAACGCAAAGUGGAGCCGUCGUCGCGGCGAGAGGAAUCCAGGCAGGGCAGGCAAGGAGUGGUAGUUCCUGGGCGGUGCGCAAUAUAAGCGCGAAAAGCGAUUGUGAAAGUGAGCUCGGAAAUACUAACCCCAACGAGUAUUCCGUGAGCGCGAACGAGAGUCCAAACCAUCGGGUCACAGCAAGCUGAUUUCCAUUUUUCCAUCCAAGCCAGCAAACCGUAGUAACGGUUAUUGGAAACAUUUAGCGUAGUUCUCCGUUCAAGGUCUUGGUGAGCCCUCGGCGUAGCAGCGACAGUACCGCAGCACUAUGCCGUUCAUUUCGAAGGAUUGGCGUUCGCCGGGUGAUUCCUGGGUGAAGACGGAGGAAGGCUGGGAAAAGCUGAAGGUGCUCGAGUGUGUCAAACGGAAAAGAUGCAUUUCCGAGUGCAGCAACUCGAGCGACACCGAGAUCGACAAUGACAAUGAGAAUGGUGACAACGAAGUUCAACCCCACUGUCACAUCACGCUCAAGUGCACGCGUGAGAUUGCGGGAUUUAAUGGUCUCGGUGAGGCUGUUAGGCGGCUCGAUUUUCGCAGCUCGGUACGCGAUGGCCGGCGGUUCAACUAUGUGUGCGCCCUGUUGCGUCUGCUCGUGACGGGCCAGGGUAUCACGAGCCUUCCAGGAGGCGCCCAACGGUUACUGUUACAGAUGCUCGAAGAGGUUGCCACGUACGUGAGCGAUUCUCAGCAGAACAUAAACGUUCUGCGAGGCUUGGUGCAGCAGCUGCGCGCCCUACUGAACCAGGAGAAUCAAAAGUGCUGGGGCAAACCGCUCGGGAGCCAGAGUUUGUGGGCCGAGCACGUACAAACCAUUCAGCGCAUCCAGGAUAUUGCUAGUCAGAUCGAGAUACGGGAGCCCGGUCCAAACAUUCGUCCAAAACUACACGACCUGCCGGAAGAGUGCGUACGGGAGAUCAUUCUGCGGAUCACCGAUUACAAGGAUCUGGAAGCGUCCGCUUCCGCGUGGUCGCUGAUGGCGGCCCUCAUCUCGGAGCAGCGCGUGUGGCGCGAGCUGUCACACUUUCACUUUACCAAACAGCAAAUCGAUGUGAUACUGGAGAAGAUGUGCCUGCAGGACACGAAGGAGCGCCACCGCAACUGGCAGGCCAUCUAUCAUGCUUUGAGAAAGAUGUAUGGCGUGCGAGAAGAACUACAGUAUGCCGAAAUUUUAGCCUUUUGUCGACUGUGCCGUUGCCUGUUUUGGCCUUCGGCUGGCCACCCGUGCAUCGUAGACCAAUGUCCGGAUUUCCGGCAGCGCGUCCAGGAGGCAGGCAACAGUAACAGCAACGAAACGCAGCCGGUGCCACCGGCUAAAUUUUUACAAUAUUUUUCGCUGUAAAAUCCACGGCAAUGCGUGCGACGGGUGCUGUUAAUGAGAAACGGCAGCUUCGCAGCGUUCUUGUGUGAAAUUGGAGUGAAGAAAAUCAUAUUAUCUCUGUGUGUUCAGUGAAUCAUUUAAGAGGAAAAGACAAGGACCGAUGUUGGAAAGUGGAUGAAAAACAUGCCACGUUAUGAUUGAAAUGCUGACGCGGUGUGAAUAUAAACAAAAUAGUAAUAUGGAUGAACUACCAAAUAGUGGAUGCAAGAAACACACCCCGAAAAUCAGAAGAGACUAAUAUCGUAGACGAAUCAAUAAGCGGGCAACCACACACACACAGGACUGUAGUGAAGUGGGAUUCGCGCAAUCUAAAGGAACUACGCCACUGGAACAAAGCAAAACUGAUACGAAAAACAAACAGAAUACACAUACUCCAGAGACGCCAGCAAAGAUAACAAACUGGUGCAUGAUAAAAACGAGAUAUAUUUAUAUAUUAACGUUAAAGAGGAAGAUAUAUUUUGAAAGAUCUAAAAAUCCAAUAACCGUUUUGCCAUUCAAAGUACACUUGCAGGAACAGGAUUCGGUAUUUAGACGUUGCGAAGAUGAAGAUACCCGUAACCCUCUGGCAGGGCAAACUAUUUACUAAAAUAUUGCCGCUUCGAAGGUAAGCGAGGAUAAAUCUACUAAAGCAAAAUAUGAAAAGAGUUGGUAUUGAGGUGUAGAGAAAUCGGUUGAAGGAGAAACCAUGAUUUGUAACAGGAGCUUAAGGUUGCCGUGAGCCGGAGACGGGUGCUUUUGGCGUGUCCCAUCAUCGGAUGGUUCCGUUGAAUACUAUAAAACAUAUACCGUACUGGCGAUGGUUAAUGGUCGAUGGGGUACGGUGUAAUCAGAACUGAAGAGCUGCGCAUUUUAUACUUGUUUGAAUUAAAAGUCGAAAAGUCGGAACUCGAUGGGCUAUGUUCGAAUCCGUUACAUAGUGCGUUCAUCGAGUCUGCGAGGAUCCGCAAAACGGCUAGGAUGAAAUUACUAAUAACGAUUGUAUAUCUUCUCUCUGUCUAUUGUGAUAAACUUAGCGUUGUGUUUCAAUCAAUGUGUUCCGCGCACCGUAUGAUCUUGGUUCCGAUGAUAUUAGAGCGUGUUUAAUGGUAAAGGCCGAAGAGCGCGAGAUGGUGCUAGUGGAAGCCGAUCGAUUGUUGGAUGGCCGCAUUGUAGGAAGGCAAAAGAAUAGCGUAAUGUGAUAAAGCGGUAACCAUUCACGAUGACGGACUGGCGUUUGGUGCAAGAUUCAUAGCAGUGCAAGUAAAAGCGAAACAGGAUAGAUGAGCGCGCAAAGGAUACUAUUUUUAUUAGAAGACAAAAAUAAGCAUACGAAAAAAUCCGUUUCUCUACGCUUUUGGACGUUUUUAACUUUGGAACGAAAGCAAAAAAAAAUCAAACAAACAAAACCAGCCAAAACAGAGAUUGUUCGUCGCGAGGUGUGUAGUGUGUUACUGAGCGACACAAAAUGCAAAGCCUGCCGACCAGGAGAAAUCUAUCUAUCUACGACGACGAUUGUCGAAAGGACUCGGUAGCCUUCGACUUCACUGUUCAAUAACGACAUCUGCGUUGAUUAGCGUUUUCAUUACGGUCAUCGGGGGGACCAUAUCGAUUGGGUUGUGCAAUUGAGGAACGACACCUCAAUCUAUUCGUCCAGAAAAAGGUAAUACAAUUUAAUUGCAUUGAAGCAUUAAGUUCCUCGAGCGAAAUAGGAAGCCACGUGCUCGUAUCAUUUGGUUAGAAGAAGCAUUCUGGAAACCAUCGUGCGCCUCAAAGGUUGAUUUCAUGUAGUUUAGUUAAUGGAAAUAUAUUUCGCACCGCAGUUAAUAAUGCUUCUUCCCACCACCGGUGGGGGCAAAGUUA